AGUACAUGAUUUGCAUGUUUUAUGACAAAUACUGAGAUUUUCUCUUCACAUCAAGAGAGGCUUUUAUCUGCAAAACUUUCAAGGUUUACCCAUAAUAUAUCAACACCUACAUGAGCUAACUUUGAUACUAAGUUUGAGUUGAUGAUCUUGAUGUUAUUAGUUGCUUUUCGGAGUUUUAAGAUCCCCAGUUUCCUUAAAUAUAUACACAACACCCAGAAGAAAAUAAGAAGGGAUGGAGGAAGAGUUAGGAGUUUCUGGUCAUCAUUGAUGCAGUUGGAGGACUGGCAUUGAAGAACAAGCAACGGAGUUUUAUUUUUUCAGCGCAUUGGAUGGGAAGUUGCAGGGUGGGUGUGAAUGAGGAAGAGAGUUCUGUAGAUUUGAAUGGUGAAAGAUGGGAAGCUGAAGGCUUAUUUCUGUGUGAUGGCAAUGUUCUGUUAACUGCAGUUCUGAAAGUGCAUUUCGCCAGGAAAAUUUUCUCGUUUCUCUUCAGGCUUCAGACAUAUUCAAAGAAAACGACAGAACAAAACGAUGCGUUUCGAGUUUGUUAGUACAAUAUUAAAAUAGCUGCUACACUGGCAAAUGCUUGGGUGAAUCGAUGGCGAAUCCUCGGCUUCGCGCUCUGAUUUGGUGGAGAAGGUGGAGCAAGAGGGAGUGGGCAAUCGCAGUGGUGGGAUUUACAAUCGUCAUCUUCAUUUUCAGUCUGCUCUUCGAUGCCAGCUCCGAUCAAACCUCUUCUCCUCUUCUCUCCUCCUAUGAUGUCGUUGACUUGACCUUGCUCCACAAUGCCAAAGAUAGAGGCGCUUUUUGUUUAGAUGGUAGCUUGCCCGGAUACCAUUUUCAAAAAGGCUUUGGCUCUGGCUCUAACAAUUGGCUUCUUCAUAUUGAGGGUGGAGGUUGGUGCAACUCAGUAGCUUCAUGUUUAUCCCGUAAAAUGACAUCGUUAGGUUCCUCUAACUUCAUGGAACAACAGGUUCGGUUUUCUGGAAUUUUAAGUUCAGACAAGUCUCAAAAUCCUGAUUUCUUUAAUUGGAACAAAGUGAAGAUACGUUAUUGUGAUGGUGCAUCUUUUUCUGGUCAUCCAGAAAGUGAGUUGAAGAAUGGAACAGAACUUUUCUUUAGAGGCCAGCUCAUCUGGGAAACACUUAUGGAUGAAUUCUUAUCAUUGGGCUUGUCUAAUGCCAAACAGGCACUUCUUACAGGAUGUUCUGCUGGAGGUUUGGCCACUUUUAUACAUUGUGAUGAGUUUCGAGAUCGUCUGCCGAGGCAUGCAACUGUCAAGUGUCUUGCCGAUGCAGGAUUUUUCCUUGAUGAGCCGGAUAUUCUUGGAAAUCGUACCAUGAGAUCUUUCUAUCAUGAUGUUGUUGACCUUCAGGGUGUUGCAAAAAGUUUGAACAAGGAUUGUCUUUCAAGAAUGGAAUCAUUUGAGCAGUGUCUCUUUCCUCAAGAGUUCAUUAAAAACAUAAGGACUCCAGUGUUCUUUGUCAACCCAGCUUAUGAUUUUUGGCAGAUACGUAAUAUCUUGGUACCAGAUGCAUCAGAUCCUCAUGGCAAUUGGCGUCCCUGCGUACUGAACAUUCGUACCUGUAAUCCUCACCAGCUUCAAAUUCUACAAGGUUUUCGUAGUUCUAUGCUGAAAGCUCUGAGUGAAGUCCAACAAAUACAGGGAGGGGGGAUGUUUAUAAAUUCUUGCUUUAUCCAUUGCCAGACUUGGAUUGCUGAGACAUGGCAUUCACCCAGUUCUCCAAGAAUCAACAACAAGACAAUUGCAGAAUCUGUCAGUGAUUGGUACUUUGACCGAAAAGCAGUGAAGCAAAUCGAUUGCCCUUACCCAUGCAAUCCCACUUGCUAUAACAUGGAUUUUACUCAAGGAUGAUAACUUCAUUGCUGUAUCUAUUUCUAUAACAGGUUAUUCUGAACUCCAGAUCUCCAUUACCAAUUUACUGUGGCAGAACUUUUUACCUUUUUGGUCCAAAGCAAGAUUCUGGAUACUGAAGAUCAUGUAAAAUUACUGUUCAAUGUGUUCAAGUUUACAAGAUAAAGGUAUUGCUGUUAAUUGGAACAAUCUUGAUAUUGGAAAUUGAUGCACUUUGCGUACUCUAUGUAUAUUGAAGUUCAUUCUCAAUUUGAUUUCUUUUGCGCCUUUA